AAAGAGGAGAGACCGAGUAGUACGAUGAAGCUGAGUUAGAGUGGGGAGUGUGACAGUGACACGCCGUUGACAAUUUAAGACGAUAGCUAUCGAGAGUUGAGACACGAUGGAGCUGAAUCUACCUGAGAGUCCGACCAGAUCAAUUCGUUGCAUCGUGAAACUUGGAGGUGCGGCGAUUACGCGGAAGAACGAGCUGGAGGAGAUUCACGAUGAGAAUCUGGAAGCUGUGGCGUGUCAGUUACGUCAGGCCAUGAUGGAGGAGGGUUCGGCUCCAAGCAAGGUUAUUGGAAUGGAUUGGAGCAAGAGGCCUGGAAGCUCUGAGAUUGCUUGCGAUGUUGAUGACUUGGGUGAUGAGGAGGACUCUUCUUCUGAGUUUAGCAAGUUUGUUGUGGUUCACGGCGCAGGUUCCUUUGGGCAUUUUCAGGCGAGCAGAUCAGGUGUUCACAAAGGAGGACUUGAGAAACCUAUUGUUAAAGCUGGUUUUGUUGCUACUCGUAUAUCUGUCACAAAUCUUAAUCUUGAAAUUGUACGAGCACUUGCCCGAGAGGGUAUUCCUACAAUCGGCAUGUCUCCAUUUUCAUGUGGUUGGACAACCUCCAAAAGAGACGUGGCUUCUGCGGAUCUAUCAACAGUUGCUAAAACAAUCGAUUCUGGAUUUGUCCCUGUUCUCCAUGGAGAUGCAGUGCUAGACAAUAUACUGGGCUGCACCAUACUGAGUGGUGAUGUUAUCAUCCGUCAUCUUGCACAUCAUUUGAAGCCAGAAUAUGUUGUAUUCCUCACAGAUGUGUACGGUGUUUACGAUCGACCACCUUCAGAGAAUGAUGCUGUCCUCUUGAAAGAGAUCGCUGUUGGAGAAGAUGGAAGCUGGAAGGUUGUGAAUCCAGCGUUGGACCUCACAAACAAGAACGUUCAAACCUCUGUUGCUGCACAUGAUACAACCGGUGGAAUGGAAACAAAGAUAUCAGAAGCUGCUAUGAUUGCAAAACAUGGAAUCGAUGUCUACAUUGUCAAGGCUGCGACUACUCAUUCACAGAGAGCGCUCAAUGGCGAAUUGAGAGAGAGUGUACCUGAAGAUUGGUUUGGUACUAUCAUCAGAUUCUCAAAGUAGAAUGAACUGUUGUGACACAGCACACUAAUUCAAGUUUUUUCAAAUGAGAUAACAUUGACCCCCUCU